AUGAACAAUACUAGCAACCAUAUCAACACGACCAACGUUAUUAACCAAGCAUUGGAAUAUCACUUGCUAACAUCCAAGCCUACUAAUAAUAAUAUAAAAGUCAAGCUAAAAGUAAAGUGGCAGGCUCCUCCAAGGAAUUGGUACAAACUCGAUUUUGGUGGAGCCUUCAACAAUAGCUGUUUACAUGAAGGUAUCAGUAGAAUAAUACGCAACAACAAAGGCGAAUGGAUGCUGGGAUACUACGAGAAGUAUCCCACAACAUCACCCAUCCAGGCUGAACUCCAAGCACUACGGCAUGCACUUCAAAUAAUUAUCAAGGAAAAUAUAUUCCCAGUUGAAGUUGAAACAGAUGCCAUAGAGGUCAUUCACUUCCUUUAUGAGGAUUAUCCUACUUACAAAGAUUUAAUUCAUGAAUGCAGGUGGUUAAUGGAGAAGGCAACGCAGCAAUGGGAGAUCAUAAUGAAGCAUAGCUUUCGUUAG